AUGAGACAGGACACCUUACAUCGCAUAGCACAAGGCAAAGGCACUCAACUUCUGAAUAAGUUACACGACGAUGACGACGUCACGAUGACGACAGACUACUCUCUAGCAGCAAAGCUGCCGCUUGUUGUGAAAAAUGACAAAGUGAACCGCCAAUACAAUGAUAAAUCUGUCAUUGUAAAGUUGGAGCCAGAAGUUGGGUCUAUAGCAGGAGAACAGCAACCGCUCAAGACGAUGAUCGCUCAUGCAAAAAUAGCAGUCGAUUUAGAUAUGAACAGAGUAGGAGUCGUAGUGGAGAAGUACAUCAACGUAGCCAAUAGCUUGGAUGCAGAUGCAUCAACGACAUUGGAAAUUCCACAAAAGGCUAAAGGUGAAAAACGACAUUGGAACGCCACGAAAGCUUCUGGAUGA